AUGGGUGCCGAAAACGGCCAGAAGUCGCUUCUUGAGCGCAUUGAGAUGCCUGAGAUCCCGAUGGAAGUUGCGCAGGAGUUUGCGCUCCUGGAGCAGAGAUUUAUCCGUGCUGAGACUGAGCGCUUGCGCCGGUCCACUGUUGAGAACCGCCCUCUGUGGGAGAAGCGUAGCGAAAUCAUCUCCAAAGUCCAGGACGACUUCUGGGUUCGUGUCCUCUCCCACGCCCCCGCCGAGAUCGACGAAUACAUCCAGCACGCCGACGCAGCUGUUCUGGGCUCUGCCCUGAAGGACCUCACUGUCGAGAGAUUCGAGGUCGACGACAAGGGCAAUGGCGAGCCGCGAAGCCUUCGUUUCACCUUCGUGUUCCGCACCGGCGAGGAGAACCCUUUCUUCGAGAACGAAAAGCUCGUCAAGGAGUUCUACUGGCGCAAGAAGAUCACCAAGACUUCCAAGGGCAAGCGGAGGACAUGGGAGGGCCUCGUCUCUGAGCCAGUCCGCAUCAACUGGAAGGAGGGCAUGGAUUUGACCAAGGGAUUGCUCGAUGCUGCCUGUGAUCUGGCCGAGGCCGAGAAGAAGAAGGGUGGCGACCGCAAGAAGCUCCCCGAGUUCGAAAAGCUCGCCGAGAAGAUGGAGGAGCUCGAGGCCGCUGCGAUGGAAGAUAACGAGGAGGACGAGGAAGACUUCCCCACCCCUGCCGGAACCAGCUUCUUCGGGUUCUUUGGUUAUCGCGGCAAUGUUGUCUCCGCCGAAGAGUCCAAGGAAGCCAACAAGGAGGAUGAUGAGCGGUUCGAGAAGGCCCUUAAGGGAGAGAAGUUUGAUGAUGAGGAGGAUGACGACGACGAGGAAGACGACGAGGAAGACUCCUUCGAUGAGAUUGAGAUCUUCCCUGACGGCGAGGACCUUGCGAUCGCUCUCGCCGAGGACCUGUGGCCCAAUGCUCACAAGUAUUAUGGACAAUCCUUUGAGAUUGGCGAUGAUUACUCUGAAAUCGAUGAGGACGAACUCGAAGAUGAGGAGGACGAGGGUGAGGACGAAGAAGACAACUCCCGGCCCCGCAAGAAGGCCAGGGUUUAA